AAAUUCUUCAAGCCGCCUCACACGCAGAAUAGGGUUUCCUCUGCUUCACCUAUCAGGUUCAGAUAUUCAUCAACUGAGAAAAACUCAAGAUGAGUAAGCUUCAGAGUGAGGCUCUUAGAGAAGCCAUAACAACCAUCAAGGGCAAAUCUGAGGAGAAGAAACGUAACUUUACGGAGACAAUUGAGCUUCAGAUUGGUCUGAAGAACUAUGACCCACAAAAGGACAAGCGUUUCAGUGGAUCUGUCAAGCUCCCACACAUUCCUCGCCCUAAAAUGAAGGUCUGUAUGCUUGGAGAUGCUCAGCAUGUUGAGGAGGCUGAGAAGAUGGGACUAGACUCCAUGGAUGUUGAGGCUUUGAAAAAGCUCAACAAGAACAAGAAGCUUGUUAAGAAGCUUGCAAAGAAGUACCAUGCUUUCUUGGCUUCUGAGUCCGUCAUCAAGCAGAUCCCCCGUCUUCUUGGUCCUGGUCUUAACAAAGCCGGAAAGUUCCCAACGCUGGUGAGUCACCAAGAGUCAUUGGAAGGAAAGGUGAACGAGACCAAAGCGACUGUGAAGUUCCAGCUGAAGAAGGUUCUGUGUAUGGGUGUUGCUGUUGGUAACCUUUCCAUGGAAGAGAAGCAGCUCUUUCAGAAUGUUCAGAUGAGCAUCAACUUCCUUGUCUCGCUCUUGAAGAAGAAUUGGCAAAACGUGAGGUGUUUGUACUUAAAGAGCACCAUGGGACCACCACAGAGAAUCUUCUGAGUCGUCUCACUCCUUGCAUCCUCGAACGUUUUGCUUUGUGGUUUUUUGUUUGUUUCAGAGAUAUUUGAGUUAUGGUUUUGUUUGAUAUUAGCAGAACUGAAAUGUUAGUUUGCUUUUUGUUAAGACUAUAAUAUGCAAUGUUGGGUUUUCAAUAUCAACUCUCCAGUUCAAUUUUAUAAAAUUAUGGCC